AUGGAGCGCGUCCUUAGCGCCCUUCGGUCGACGGAGACGAAGACACGCCUUAUGGGCGUCAACUACGUCGAAACGUUCCUUGACGAGGAGGGCUGGGAAGAGAUCUUGACCGCGCUCGUCGGAUGCCUUAGCGACAACAACGCCAAGGUGACGCAGGGAAGCCUGCGCAUGCUCGCGAAGCUCAUCCAAAGCCCGUCCAAGCCCACGGAGCACAUCCGCGGCUUCUUCACGCUCCUGUGGGGACCCCUCAAGGAGAAGCUCGGCGACAGCAAGGCGCCGAUCCGCGAAGCCGCCACCGAUGUUUUGCUGUGCCUCAUCGAGAAGAUUGGCAUGGCCAGCGUCAUGGAUCGCCUCCGCUUCUGUGCAGGACACAAGAACUGGCGCAUCCGCGAGCAGGUUCUCGUCUGCAUCUCCAUGGCCAUGGAGCGCUUCCGUGGCGAGCCCCAGCGGAUAUGCCAAGAUGGUCUCUUGGAAAUGGCCUUGAAGUUGCUCGAAGACUCGACAAAAGAUGUGCGCGACGCCAGCCUCAACGUGAUCCACGCGUUGUACGGCAUCCGAGGGGAAUCACUCAUGCUCGAACUCCAGUCCAAGAAUCUUCGGCCUGCCCACAUGCGCUUGCUAAUGGGUCGUCUUGGCGGCGAAGAAGCACCCGUAGCCAGUGCGAGCAGCGGCACAAGCAGCCAACCCAAGCGCCCCGUGACCACAAUUCGCCCGCCGUCGUACUCGCUGCCUGGGAUCCCCGUCGCAGCGACGUCUCCGGCCAAAGCCAAGCGGUCCGUGUCAUUUUCGCCACCGAGAUCGACCGCCGUUGUGCCCGUGUGUGCGUACACGGACAAAGAAGUGCAGCAGCAGAUGACGAUCGUCUUGGACGGUCUCGCCGAAAACCAAGAGUGGACAACGCGGGUCAAGUCGCUGCAACAUUUGCAAUCCCUCGUCGAGAAGGGAGCGACGCAAAGCGCCGUGUUUGCGGCGUCGCUCAAAGCCAUGCGCGACCGCAUCUGUGAUCAAGUCGGCGACUUGCGCUCGACUGUGACGAGAGAGGCAUGCAGCACGAUUUCGUCGAUGGCCAAAGCGAUGGGCGACGCCUUCCACCCGUUUGUCGAUAGCUUUAUCGCAGCACUCCUCAAGUCGGUCAGCGUAACGAUUCAAAUCGUCGCCGUCUCGGCCGACUCCUGCGUCAAAAACAUCAUCCAGAGCACCGACAACGGGUACCCCAAGGCAGUGCCCAAGUUUAUUGACGGCGCGCGCACCAAAAACAACUCGAUUCGACUGCACUGUGUCGAGUACCUCACGCUCGCGUGGAGCACGUGGGACCCCACGGCCUUUGAUCGCAACGAGCAAAUCAGGUACUUGAUGAGCUCGAUGUGUCCAGCCGACGCCGCGUCGUCGAUGAAAUGGCAACGGCCCCGCGGCCCCGCGAGCAGUGCUCGGCCAUCCUCCCGAAAAAACGUUCUCGACGCUCCUUCUGCAGCCGUGGGUCCGAUUCCGUCGGCCGUCAAGACGGCGCCAUCCCAGGCUACGGUCGUGCCUUUGGGUCCUCGGCGUGUCUUCAACGGGUCCGAGCACGAAGCGCAUGCCAGCUCGUCGCAAGUGCCAUCUGGGCCGCUUCGUGUGCCCAUUCCCGUGCGCAAGCAAGUACGCACCGAUGAUCGCGUCGACGAAGCCCCGCGGCGAAACCAGGCAUUACGCGUCCUCAACACGUCGUCCGUGUCGACUGCGUCUCACUAUGUCGAGGUUGCCCCCACACCGACGUACGGCGGUCCGUUGCGUGUGGAGGUGGCCCCCGUGUCCAGCCGACCGCCGCAUCCCGACAGCACUCGGCGUCGUGCCUCGGCCACCGACGACAACCAGCGCGAUGACCGUCCGAGCACUCUGUCGUCCGAGCUUUGGGAGAAACGCGCCGACGAUGCCAUGUGGUCGAUCCGACUCGAGACCGUCGACCACCUCCUGCGCAUGGCCCCGAGCGCCACGCCGGCCGACGCUGCCAAGAUGGUCAAAAUUGCAAUGACGCGGAUUGGCGACUCGCACUUUCGAGUGGCGCAAAGUGCAAUGCGGCUGCUGUGCCUCCUCGUGCCGACACACCCGUCGCUCGUUUUACCCUAUUUGAAGACGGCACUCCCCAAGGUGUUUGCAAAGCUUGUGGACCCCAAGGAAGGGGUUCGAGAGCAAGCCACGUUGGUGCUCGAGGCCAUUGUCGCGUCGUCGCAGCAAGGCGGCUACGAUGCGUCGACGCUACUGAGUUGGAUCGUGCCGUCGAUGCUCGACGGACCCGUCAAAGUCAAGCUCCUCGUGUACAAUUGCAUCUUGCAGCUUCUGCCGAACGCGCCCGAGUUUGGAAACGCGCCGGGCCCGCUCCGAGCGCUCGUGCUCAAGCUCGCCGACUCGAUCGAGAACGACCAAGCCUCCGAGCGUGGGACCGUCACGGUCGUCACCAACGUGCUGGAAAAGAUCUGCGAACUCUAUGACGCGACGUUCUCGAUGGUCCUGCAGCAGCUCUCGCCGUACAAGCUCGGGCACAUUCAAAAGUGCAUCAACGUUCCGGCCCCGAAACUCAAGCGCAAGCAUGAAAAACCCGCACCGCCGCCUACAAUGCUUCCGAGUCCCAACCAGCCACAGGACGCCGAGCCGGGUAAGCACGAUUGGCUGGCCGUGCUCUGCGGCAACAACGCAUCGCGAGAAGACAAGUUGUCUGCGAUGGACAAGAUUGUGAAGGACGUGCGCGCGCACGGUGCGACCGUGCUCUCGUCGCCCAUGACGAAUGCGAUCGAGUGGCCGCGUAUCUUGCUAGCGCUCCUCGAUCUCGCCCUCGACAACGAUUCGAACGAAUACAAGAUUUUGCAAACCAAGGUCAUGCAGACAACGGCGUUGAUUCUGGCGACGCCCGAGUACGCGUCGUAUGCUGCCACCAGCGUCGAGUCGCUCGUCCUCCAGCUGCUGUCGCGUGCGUCGAGCAAUUCUGUCCUUGGCCUCUACUUUGUCGAAAAGUUUGUGGCGCUGGCCAUCGCCGUCGUGUCCAACAUUGCCAGCAUCCGGCUUCUUGUCGCGCUCACAAAGUCGUCGCCGCAAGAAGACGUCCAAGUGCAGAUCACACUCAAGGUGCUCAAGACCGCCAUCGAUGCGAUCGCGUCCUUUGAUGCGCUCCACGUCGGCGAGUUUGAUUGGAUCGCGUCUGCUGUCGUCCAGACGCUGCGGCACGCCAACUCGGGCGUCCGGAAGAACGCGGUCAACUGCCUUGUCAGCCUCUACUUUCUCGGGGGCUCCAACUUUGUGCCGCACUUGCACGCGUUGCCUCCCCACUACCAAAAGCUCGUGAGUCUCUACAUUGAAAAGGCGCAAGCUGACGCGACCCAACGAUAA